AUGAUGGCGUCCCCCCCUCUUGCGGGUUUGGAUCAUGCGCCAAAGCGUGUCUUGGUCAUCGGGGCAACAGGUAGAGUUGGGGGGUCGACGGUUCGGGCCCUUCGUAGGCUUCCCGGAGGCACGAAGAACCUUAUCAGCGUCGGUGGUCGAAAUGCAGCCAAGUUUAAGAAAGCCAAAGAGCGAUGGAUGAGCUUAGAGUCGAAGAAAAACGGUGCGGACACGUUCGACGACGUGGAGUUCGUCCCCAUGGACCAUGAGGAUCGGAUAGGACUUUUGGCAGCUUUGGCCUCGCACCGGCCUGACUUAAUCAUACACACCGCUGGACCCUUUCAGCGACGGAUGGCUCCUGAAGUUCUCAAAGCGGCUCUUAUUUUGAAAGUACCGUACGUGGAUGUAUGUGACGACAUACACCUCGCACAGCUCGCCAAAGGCUACGAUGGGGAGGCGCGGAAAGGAAACGUGCCCUGUCUCAUUUCCACCGGCGUGUGGCCGGGAAUAUCUUCUCUUAUGGCAGUCGAUGUAGCUGAAGCCGUAGGCGGAAUCGAGGCCACCGACAAGAUCGAAUUUGAGUUUUUUACCUCAGGAAGUGGAGGUGCAGGCACGACAAUUUUGAGUGCCACGUUUUUAAUAUUGUCGGAGAAGGUCCUGGCCUACGUCAACGGUCGCCCACACUACUAUGACGCAGCUUCAGACUUUCGAAAGGCCGACUUUGGGAAAGGGAUUGGGCUGCGACAAGUGUUCCGCAUGAAUCUGCUCGAGGCUUUCAGUUGCCACCGAGUCUUGGGGGUGCCAAACGUGUCGACUUUCUUCGGAACAGCGCCAAAUGGUUGGAACUACCUACUGAAAGGCAUGGCCAUGCUUCCCGCCAAGAUUUUGCAAGACCGAGCGUUGAUGCAGGCCUUGGCUGUAGUGUCGGAGCCCUUGGUCCGCCUUGUGGACACGCUGGUAGGAACUGCAAAUGCAAUGCGCGUAACAGCGACGAGUAAGGGAGGAACGGAGUCCGCAACAGCCCUGUAUGCCCACGAGGAUUUGGAAACUUGCGUGGGGGAGGGCAUCGCCGCUUUUGCGGCGCAAGUGCUUGAUGGCAAGGUGGCUCCUGGUGCCUGGGAUGAUGGCGGGACUGAUACGCGUCUCUUUUGUGGUGGAACUAGACUGAAAUCCGGCAAGGCCUCAGAAAACGACGACAUUCGGGGCCUGCUUGGUCAUCACCACGAACGUGAAGGGACUGUCAUGACAGACAGCAAAAAGGAUGCAACCUUGGCAACGCUGGCCAUGGCCCCUUCUUCCACCGCCCCGGCGGUCAGCACAGAUAGCAGCACCACAAAAAGCAGCAGCAGCGCCGACAACGGCCGCGGCGGCAGUACAUUGGCAGUAGCUCUCCGGGAGGUAGUGGAGGAUCUAUUUUCUCCCUCCAAACUUGCGGUGCACCCGGUUUUGUCGGGCACUUUAAACACGCAGGGUUCCGUACCUCUGCCCGUCUUGGCUCAGUUGGCUGAGAUCCAAGCAGCCUGGAGCACGGCCAAGAAGACGAGCGGAGGGAAGAAGGGUGAGGGCGGGAAGGAGGAAGGGCGGGAGUUGAGUGCAGAGGGCGGGCAGGAUGUGGUGAGAGUGUUGGUGGAGGCUGUGCAAAUGUCGCGUUUGGUGCAGCUCUCAGACGACGGCGGAGGCGCCAGGCCCCGGGUGGCGCGAAGCACCAUCAUUGCGCGCGAACUCCCUCCCGACGUGACAGAACCGGACGUCCGCGCGCUCUUUCAAAAGUGGGCGGAGGCGGUGCUGGAAGUCCGGUGUGAGCAUGGGUUGUGGUACAUCAAGUUGGCGGGGGAGGACGAUGCCAAGGCGGCUUUCCAGGCGCUGAACGGGACCCCGGUGGAAGGGCAGCCCCUGCGGCUUAGAAUACGUCCAGAGGUGGGCCAAGCCGUGUACGGUGGCUUUACUCCCCAGUCGAAUACGGGAGCCGGGGCACACAUGGGG